AAAAUUACGCCAUUGUUCAGUGUCAUGAGAAAAACCAAAGGAGAAAGUUUAGAAGUAAUUUGGGUUUACAUACAAAAUGGGGGGUUCUAAUGACAGUGGAUCACAAAAAGAAGAAGGAGAAUUAUCUGAUGAUGACAACGAACCCGAAAAUAAUGAGAACCACCAAAAUCUGAACCAAAGAAAUUUGAAUGGGAAUACGUUUGUGGAACCCAACGUCAGAGCUCGUCACACCAGGAUAAACACUGUGUGGCAGAACUUAUCGUACAGACUACCGCCACCACCAAAUUUUGUUCCAAAUUAUCAGACGAAAGCGCCUUCAACAUGGGACUACAAUCAUGGAAUGGGGCCAUUGAGAUACGACAGAAUUCGACCCAUGGCGACACCACCUCCACCCCAGAAAUGGGAACAGAGGAGCCACAUUUCACGACUUCCAAACAAUCGACCACUCCUCCCUUCUCCCACCCCUCUAAUGCGACAUCAUACAAAUCCAACCGGACAUAAAAAUCAUCCAAUUCAACAAAAUAACAGAUACUUAAAUGAUAGGAGAAAACAGUACCCUAACCAAGAAGUACAGAAAGACUCCCUGUUUGAUGAAGUAGAUGUAGAAGGGGGCACAGAUAAUUAUGAGGGGCUUCUAAAGAAGUACAUGGACAUCAAAGAGAAGUUAGCAGAUCUCCAGACACAGGAGAAAACAGCAACAGAGCAUACUGAGAAAACUACAGAAGAGCCAAUAAAAGUAACAGUAACUCAGGAGAAAGCCGAAAAAACAAAAUCCACUGCCCCCCUACCCCCAAACAAGAAAUUCACUCCCAGGAAACCAGAGAAGAAAGUUGUUGUUGACAUCACUGGAGAUGUGGCUAAAGAAAAGGAGAAGAGGGAACCUCCAGUAACAAUCAAGGAAGAACCAGAAGACAAGGUAACCACCAAAACAGAGGACCAGAAGGAUGCUGCAGGUGGUGGUGGUGAAGUGGUGAAAAAGGAGCCACAGGAUACCACAGAGGACACCACCAAACUAGAACCACAAGGAGAGGAGGUGGUGGUGGUGCUAAGUGAUGAGGAGUCAGGUGUAGAAAACGAACAAGAGGAAGUGUCGAAAGAAGAAGAAGAUGAAGAAGAGGAAGUAAAUCUAUUGGAGCUUCGCCUUGCUGCUCUAGCUUCUGCCAUGAAGAAGGAGGAGGAAUCUCCAGAAGGUCAGAAGAAGCCCUCAGCUAAAGAGGACACGAAAGAUAAAAAAGACGGCCCAAACAGAAGAUCCAGAAGUAACGACAGGAGCACCAGGCGACCAAGUGGUGGCACAGACAGACAGACAAGGCUGUCAAAAGAUAGUAGACCAGGUGAAGGUCGCAGAAAUGACAGGAACCUGGGAAACAGGAGUUCAAGGUCAACCUCAUCUGGGAAAUCUCCAGGCUCUCGUAAACCUUCAGCAAGUUCUUCUAGCAUCAGACGUCAGCCAUCGAGGAGGAACGACAAUAGGAGAGACAGUAGUACAGACGCACGCCGACAGGAUCAGAGGAAACCAAGCGUGGCAGAGAAACGGAGACAGGAGAGCAAGAGAAGAGCUGAGGAGGAAAAACGAAGGGCAGAGGAGGACAAGAGAAGGGAGGAAGACAAAAGGAGGGCAGAGGAGGACAAACGUAGAGAAAUUCAACGGAUCCUCACUAUUGAUGACCCCAAGGAGCAGGUCAACAGAUUCCUCAGGAUGUUAGAUGAUAAACGAUAUCCAGAGUACAGCAAGGCCUCAGGUACAGACAGUAAGAAGAAGCCCCCCAUUGUCAGUAAGCAGGUGCCCCCCAUUGGCAGUAAGCAGGUGGCCCCUGCUGGUAAACAGGUGGCUGCCCCGGCGGUGCCCCUGACAGAUAACUAUGAUGAGGUGGAGAUGGAUCUGGACAGUGAUGAUGGGUCCCCAGCUAUAUCCAUGGAGCAGACAGCUGGAUUUGAAGAUCUAAUGGACAAAGAUUAUCGCCAAGGUUUUGGAUACCCUGUGCCUCUGAUGAAUGUAGAUACUUCUGGGGCCAGUCUUCAGAUACCUCACUGGAAUGACCCCUACUUUCCCGGUUACAGUGAUAUCAUGUCAGAGGAGAUUACAGAGUCUCAGACAGCAGCCUGGGAAGAUCCUUUGUUUAAUCAGAAUUACAGCGACCCUUCCUACAGUGGCGUGUUAAAACCUUGGACAGAACUUUAUCCCCCAGAAAACAUUGAUCCCCUUAAGCUCCCACCCCCACCUCCCCCUCCACCCCUACCCCCAGAUGAACCCCAGCCCCCACCCCCUCCAGAUCUUACAUCUCCACCCCCUUUGCCUUUAGAACCCCCUCCAGAGGAGGAAAUUACUCAGAGUUCCACACAGAUUGAAGGGAGAGGAUCUACAGAUAUUUAUGCAGCUCUUAGAUCCUCUCCUAAUCUUUCAGAGGAUCUUGACAAGGAGGAAGCACAUCUAAGAGCCCAACUACUGAAGUCAAUGGCAGCUAGGAAAAUGAAAGAGAAGAUACAGAAAUUGACAAAUGAGAUAAAAUCGGCGGAUAGUUCCCCAACCAGAAGUCAGUCUCCAGCAUCAACAGCCAUUACCCUGAAACCAAAACCAGCAAGAAAUAGGCAGCCCAUGACACAGCUAGUGAUUCCAGUUCAUGACCCCGUAGUUAUUAAUUUAAAUGAUGAUUCCUCUGAUGAGGAUGAAUUCCAAUCAUCUUCUCUACAGACCUCACAGAGAAUCCCAACCAUUCCUAAUUCAUCAGCCAAUCAGAUGUCCUACAAUAACUCCAGUAAAACCUCUGUAGGUAGCAGUGCUAAGGCAAUCCAACCUCGACCCGUCACCUCCAGUCUUCUGUCGGGGUUAGAUUCCUUUUUAAAAGAGGCCAGGAAAUCAUCAGAGAAUAUGGAAAAGAAAGAAAAAGAGGACAAUGAGAGGAAAAAAAAGCUUAAAGAAUUGGAAGACGAACUCCAGAAUCAAAGAACUGGUGUGGAGAAGGGAAGGGAAUUAUUUAAAUCCCUGUUAAAGCGCUGCGCUAAAAAUAAGAAAGAUUGGACAGAAGCCCAAGGCAGCUUAGAGGAUCUGAGACAACAGCUACUUGAGGCCGAGAGUGUGGUGGCCCAGAAAAAACAACAGUUUGACAUAUCCCGCAAACAGGCCCGGGAACUGAGAGACAAAGUGAACCAGAGAGCCCAGGAUUUGGAGAGGCUGGAGUCCGAGGUGAAGGAGGAGGGGGUACAGGUGUACGGGGAGGACUACUCCGUCCCUAGCUCCUCCAGGGAGGUCACCGUGGCCGGCAAGUCCAGGGGAAAAAACUUAGCUGUCACAGUUAUUAACGAGCAUGCAGUGAAGAAAGGAGCCUCGGGAAAAGAAAACCUUCAACAGACCAAGAAGAAAAGCGCCGCUGACAUUGCUGAGGAAAAAGAACGUUUACAAGGCCUGGAAAAAGAGUACGCUCGGAGGAUCCAACAUCUCAAAAUGGCCAACGCCAAACAGAAGAUACAGGCCAGAAAAGCUCGGAUCAGUGCUGGCAGGAAAAGCUCCGACGAAAUACCACGGCUUGAGAAAAUCGAAAUUGAUCUUACGGAACAGGAGGAGGAAGUAGAUAUAGAAAAACCAGUAAAACGUCGUCGGUCACUGAUGGAGAUAAAUCCCAGCACCAAACCAAACAUAGAGAAGAAGGCAGAGAGUGUCAGUGUACCGGUGAAAACUUUUGUCAGUGCCAAGGACAAUCCCAAAAAGUCCACGGAUUUUAAUGUGCCAAAUUCACAGCAGCUAAAAAAGCUUAAACAGUUACUGGAUGAAAAUGUUUCCACAUAUCUGUCAAAACAAGAGGUCUUACCUUUAACAUGCAACUACUGCCAAAAUGUGGUUCAGAAGUCCCAAGAGAUACCUGCAAUAGUAGAACAUAGGAAGGUCCAAAGGAGGAAAGAUGACAGUGGUACAGAGAAAAUUCCAUAUCCAUAUACCAGUCCACUACAGCAAUUCAAAUCAUACAGGUUUAGUCCAUACUUUAGAACAAAGAAUAAGCUUUCCUUAUCCUCGGUGACGUUUUCCAAUAAACUAAACAUCAACCGAGUUCUCUGUAAAUACGACCUACAGGGCACCUGUAAUGAUGACGAUUGUGAUGGACAGCAUCAGAGUGACUACCGGCUAUCGGAGCAGGAAGUUCUCCAGGACAUUGUGUCGUAUAACCCUGUCAUCUGUGGAGUGGCCGCUGACACGCCCCCUCAGUACAGCGGCAGGCUCAUCAAUACGUAUGUCAAUAAUCUUAGUAAGCAGCAUAGUGGACGAUUGACCACUGACCAGUUAAAGAUCUUCCUAGUCAGUCAAGUGCUAGAAAAAUCAGGACAAAAGAAACCACACACUUUGUUCCUGGACUCCAGAAAAUGGAGAGUGACCCAGACAGACAGAAAGAAGAGGGCAGCUAAAACCGCAAAGGAAGUAUCACCUGAUAAAAUAGAAUGGGAACGUGAUGGUAAAGAAGAUUUAGAUAAUGUUAUCGGGGAAAUAGAUGUCCGGUACUUCCUGUCCGAUUCCACGAAGAUAGAGGACAUGGAGUCUGCAGUCUUGGAAAAUCCGGAGGAUACGUCCAUGUGGAUCAAACUGGCCAAUACAAAACUCUCCGAUACUCAGAGUCAUACUCCAUCCGAGUGUUUGGACCACGCCUUGAACGUCCUGUCCAGGGGAUUGGAGAACAACAAAUCUAGUGUGGAAUUGUGGGAAAAUUACCUCACAUUGUUUGCUAGUCACCCGGACAAUCGAGAACUAGGGGACAUGUGUCAAACAGCAUUACAGUUAACACAGAGCUACUCCAUCUUGUGGAAGUAUCUCGGUACGAUAAAACCUCUUCAUAAAAGAGCUGAAACCUGUGAUACAAUUUUGAACUUCUUGAAAUCCCAAGAUGCAAUAGACCCAGAUCUUCAGUCUCAUCAGUGUUUAGAAACAGUAUUGUACAAAGUCUCUCUCUACUGCUGGAGCGGAAAACACAAAACGGCCUCCAAUUUUCUUCAGUACCUUCUUGUUGCUGAGGGCCCUAACAAGUAUGACUGGAUUAAGUCUGCUAUGUCUAUAGAGGAUCAGUGUGUGCUAUGGCUGUCCUACCUCCAUGUACUGGGGUACAAGUCUUUGCCUAGUCAGCUUUAUGACCCCACCCAUAUGUCAUCAGGAAAAAUUGUCUGCAAGGAGAAGUUGACCUUGAACUGGGAGUUGACCCCUGACCUUUUGUUACCAGUGGAGCACUUUAAGGAGAUGAUGUGGAAGGCCUGUGAUUUUAUUCGGGGCCUGGAGGAGGGUGACCUAUCCCAGGGUUCCUUGCUCUUCACCAACCUCUUCCACCUCCUCAAAGUCAGCACCAUGUAUGAGGAGGCAGCUACUCUGGGUCGUCAGCUUCUGAUGAAGAACCCCGGACUGGUGGAUGUCUGGAUUUGUGUGGCAGACUUGUAUAGUCACUGUGGGGAGGCACAGGCCACCAGACAGGUGUUUGCCGACAGUUUAGAUGCUAAUCCAUUCAGUGCUCAUCUCUUCUACUAUGCAGCGAACUUUGAACUCAAGCAGGGGGAGACGGACAAAGCUAUCGAGUGUCUGGAGAAGAGCAUCCUUGCGUUCUAUGAUGUGGAUGUGAACUCGGAGUUAGCAGAUCCCAACCUUCUCUUCUGCUCUCUUUUGAAUGAAGAUGUUCCUAUGAACUACUCUCCUCCAAACUUCACAGACUCUGUGACUCAGGAACAGAUAAUGGAGGGAAAUCUCUACAUCUGGCUCAACUACUGCCUCUUGUUGGAGUUACAAGGGGACACAACUGCUGCAAUAGAGGCCUAUGAGACAAUGCUAGGCUCCAUGGUAACAGCCUCUGACCUUACAGAAGUUUGGUGCAGAUACCUGGCCUUCUGUCAGCGACUCAUCAACGACAAGGAAAUGGUCUCCAUGGGAGCAAAGACUUACAUGAAUUUGUUCAAUCGGGCUUUAUCCUCUAUUCCCACUGUCUUUGACACCCCUCAUUCUGUUGGAUCCACCUGGCUGAACUACCAUCAUGUCAACAGAGUGAUUGACCUGUUCAUCAGCAGUAUUCCAAGAGAUGAACGCUUGACUGAGUAUCAGAUUAUUCUGGAGAAAAUGCCCCUAAAUGUGGAGUUACUGAUACGGGUGUGUCAAGAGGCGAUCCAGAGUGAGAAAUUCUACCAGGCUAAGACCCUCUGCACCAUGGCAGUCAUCGAGAAAGUUGGCAACCCGGCACUAUGGAAGAUGGCGAUAUCCUUGAGCCUGAAACUAGAAAACGUGGCAGAGACCAGAAGACUCUAUCAUAAGGCUGUCCAAUUCCAUCCAUACCAUGUGACCUUUUGGAAAGAUUUUUUGCUGUUUGAGAUCACACAUGGGUCCUGUGCCAUGGUACCUAGAAUUCAGAAGCGUUGCCAAGAGCUGGGGUUGGUCUUAAUAAUGUGGCGGAUUAGCGUUAUUGUGAUUACGUUGUCCGUGUGUCUGACGGUAUGUGAGGCGGAUCUUACAAUUUGUGAACGCAAUCCAAUUCAUACGACAGCUGAAAAGUCUAAGGGGGAUAAUGGAUUUCAAAUUUCUUUUUUGGAACUAGAAUCCCAAAAAGAAGCUAAAUUCAAACCUGGACAAAACUACACAGUUCAUCUCAAAAAUCGCUACGAAGAAGAAGACAAUGGGUUUUUAGGAUUUAUGAUAGUAGCCAAACCAGAAAAAGCGAAAGAUGAGACAACAACGGUCGGAAAAUUUUAUCUUCCUAGGACAGCCAAAGCUCAGGAAAAUCCGGAGUGUAAUCACACAGUUAUCACCCAUUAUGUUCUCAUGGAGAAGAAAGAGGUCUCCUUUACAUGGCAGGCCCCAGAGCCAGGAACUGGAUGUGUAGAAUUCAGAGGUACAGUGAUAUCAGAACAUCCAGAUAUCUGGUUCAAAGACGACGGCGGCCUGACGUACAAAGUCUGUGAGGAUGUCCCGAUCCAGGCGCCACUGGGGGACGCCACGGCUCAGGGAGGGACCCAGGUGGAGGCGGACAGUCAGUGCUGUGCCUGUGGGGAGGCCCGCUAUAAGAUGCAUUUCCAGGGUCUGUGGUCUCGCCAGACCCACCCAAAGGGAUUCCCCAUCGAUGAAUUGCAAAAAGUUCAGCUCCACUGGUCCAGCAUUGUUGGGGCCUCACACACCAAGGACUACACAGUGUGGGAUUAUGGGACGUAUGCGUCACGGGGGGUCAAGGAAGUCUGCGAAUACGGCUUCUCCAACAAUCUGGAGACAGAAUUCAAGAGAAAUAGCAAGAACAUAAAGACAGUCCUAAAGACCACUCCUUUGUGGGGUGAGGACAACCUGAUAGGGUCGAUGACCGCUAAGUUCCAGGUGGACACCAGCAAGCACCUGUUCUCCCUACUGACCAUGAUAGGACCCAGCCCUGACUGGUGUGUGGGUGUGAGCAAGGUUGAUCUCUGCCUGCAGAACUGCACUUGGGCGGACUCCAUGACCUUUGACCUCUACCCCUGGGAUGCAGGGACAGACAGUGGAAUCAGUUACUUUGAUAGCAACAUAGAAACAGAUCCUCAAGAAAAAAUCACGCGUAUCACAAACAGAAAACCAAACCACGCCGGCUCACCCUUCUUCUCCAACCACCCAAUCAAACCCAUGGCUCGACUGGUCCUGACAAAAACCAAGGACAUCUGCACCGGGGAUGGGGGAAAGAAAGACUCUGAUGAGAAAACGAUGAGUACUUCGGAGCUGAUAAAACUGAUGAAAAAGAAGAUGAUGAUGAAAAAGAAGAUAGCUGAUAAAUACCUACAGAGCAAAAAGGAGAAAUGCGCAACAACGCAAUGGACGGAAUGGUCCGUUUGCAGUAACUCCUGUGGUAACGGAAAACAAGAAAGGAGACGUUUGUUGAAAAAUCCUCAGAUUCAGCCAGAAGUGUGUGGCAUUGACCUUGAGGAGUCAAGGUCCUGUCAAGGAGAGUGUUUAGACUUAGGGUCAGGGAGCAAAGUCAAGCAGCUUCCUGAUGAUUUCAUAGUCAAAAUUGACACCACUGUGCGUGACCCCAGUGAUAUUUGUGCUAUCACUGAGUGGAGUGACUGGUCUCCGUGCAGUCAGACCUGUGGGAUGGGGAUUCGUGAGAGGUGGAGGAAUUUCUUAAAGAAGAGUAAUACGACCAGCAAGUGUGAUAUACAUCUGAUGGAGAAAGAUUUGUGUAGGGCCCAGGUGGACUGUCACCUGGCCCACCAAAAUAAAGACUACACAGCUAUCUGUCAAAUGGCGCCCAGCAUUGGGCCCUGUAGGGGGAAUUUCCCUCGCUGGUACUAUAACACCACUCACAAAACUUGCAUGGUUUUCUCCUAUGGUGGUUGCCGUGGUAACGAUAACAAAUUUGAGAUUGAGGCUGAUUGCAACAAGUAUUGUACAGAGCACAUGGCCAUGAUCAACUCCAGAAAUGAAGUCCUAACUCCUAUGGAGGGAGACAUCAAAGUGACCACAAUCAAGAGAGUGAAUGUUAGCAAGAGCAAGAAACCCAAGAAAGGGAAGGGAAAGCGAACCAAGAAGAGGAAAAACAGGAAGGGGAAAAAUAAGAAAAGGAAGAGGGGGAGGAAGAAGGGGAAGGGGAAAUCCCUAAAGCCCCGCCCUCCUGUACAGCCCCACGACCCUAGUCUGGGGCCUGCUAUAGACUGUAUGGUGUCUGCCUGGUCAGACUGGAGUCAGUGUAGUGUGACUUGUGGGAGGGGCACUAUGACAAAAACUAGGACAAUUAAAGUACCGGCUGAGAACGGAGGACGAAGGUGUCCCAGGAAGCUGGUCAAAACCAGGAAGUGUCGAUUAUCAAAAUGUCCCAUUGACUGUCAGAUGGGAGAUUGGGGUCCCUGGACACCCUGUUCACAGACUUGUGGUGAUAACGCCGUCCAGAAAAGGCGACGAGCAAUCAUCAAAAGGCCAAAGAGGGGCGGUCAGAUCUGUCCCGCGCGGAGGGCCAAGAGGAUGUGUGUACUGCCAAAAUGUCCAGAUACUGAUAUGGAGAGGAUGAUGCAGGAUGCCUAUUUUAAACUACCAGGAUUCAAGCCCUGACAACAGUGAUCCUUUAACCUUGCAGCAUAAUCUGCCAAUAGCAUUCACUUACACAUAUCACCUGACAUUCUUCAUUGAAUGUAACAAAAUAUGUGAUUGGUGCACUAUUAACACCUCAUCACAUGACCUCACUCAAUCCAGAGAAAUGGAUCAUGUGACCUAAUGCAUCUGUAUGUAAAUCCAUUUGAUGAAUGUGACCCCUGAUAUACCUCAUUGUUAACGUUAGGACUGACUGUUAAAUAUCCAUGCUUUAUCCAGACAGCAUGCUGAUAGAACAAAGUGGACUAAAUGUACCCCAAGUGAAAAAUGGUGAAAGUGCACAUCUAGAUAAAUAGGACUCCUGUGUUUACUGCCCCGAUUUUCCAAAUGGAACUAGACUGACUCAUACUGAUAGACUGAGGUUUUCGUUACUGUGUGUAGAACUUAGUAAAGUGAUGCCAGUAUAGGUUGUACAAAUAUUGACAUGUCCGGUUUUGUUCCAAGUACACAUGUGAUUGAUGUUGAUAUUAUUGUAUUUGUACAUAUCCUUAAUAUUGAAAUGCAGGAAUGUUCUACAUGUACCUGCAUUUAAACAAAAUGAAGUAUUCUACAAGUUAUUUAUGUAAAAAUAAAGUUAUUUUUCAUAGUAAAUUGCUCUCUUUAAGAGUCAAGAGACAAUACUUUAAAUAUGAAAUAAGAGCAGAAGAAAUAUUCCUUACAUUUUGAAUUUGUUACAAAUUCUAAAGAUUAAAUUCACAAUAUUUUGUAGGAAUUUAGUAUUUAUUGUCACUUUUCCAUUGCAUAAUAUCAGGGUAUAUAAUUUGCUGUUGAGAGUGUUUUUAAAUAUUGUUGUAUUUAAGCUGUUAGUAUUGUAGACAAGUACACUUUGUAUGAUUUUAUUUGUACAGUGAGGAGAUUGGUUUCUGUGGUGCAGUUCGUCAUCACCAUUUUCUUGUGAUUAUUCAUAUAUUCAUUUUCAAGUUUUGAAUAAUCAUAAAUGUUCUAGAUAUAGUAAUAACAUGUUUUAUAUUUAUGUAAUGUAACAAAGCAAUGUACAUAUAAGGAAGUUUAACACACUUGGCCAAAUUAUAAUAGAUGAAAAGUUUAACAAUAAUAUUCCAAAAAAUGAAUAUCAAAAACAUAAUAUAGUGAAAAAUGGGACAUAUAGUGCAUAACUGCUGAAGGAAAUUUAAGAAAAAACAUCUUGUAUAUACAUGUAGUACCCUCCUAAUUUAUGAUUUAAUUGCCAGGAGAGAACUUUGUUUUCCUGAUGAACUCCGAAGGACAGUUAUAGUGAAUUGGAAAAUGAAAGCAAAUUGAAUCUUUUUGCAACAUAAUUUCGUUCAACAAAUACAUGUAACACAUGCUUUUCCUCUUUGACAUUUUUCUUUUCGAAUGUAAAUAUGGUGAUGUUUGACAAUAUUUGCUAGCAUCAUGGCAGCAGUAUCUUCUUUGUUUUAUACAGUGUAUGUUCUAGUACUAUCAUAUUGUCCUCCAUUUUAGCUUUACUGAGGUCAGAGGCCAAAAAAUAAAGGGACAUAACUAUGUACAGGUCAUUUAAAUAAUGUGGAAUAGCAUACAAUUUGCAGUAAAUCUAAAUAAUGAAAUUUAUGCAACUGAAUUUGUGGCAGGGACACAGAAUAUUUCUCAACUCAGGUUACUUUGUCUGUUUAAACUUUGACGUUUUGAGGAACUGUCUUGGAUUGUUAAGUAGAAUUAAUUUAACUUGUUAAUUAUUGAGAAUGCCUUUGUAUCAUAUUUUUUUCAUGUGUUCAUAUGUCAUUCUCAUAUACCUGUAUUACAUUUUUUGUCAUUUGUCACAAAUCUGUCAUGUUCAUCAAUAUUUCUUACUUAAUUUUUCAAAAACCAUUUUAUACAAAAUUAAGAAAUAACUUAUAAAACACUGCAAAUCUUAUUUUUGAAUCUCACGUUUUAAUAUAUCUUUACUAAACUAAUUUUAUUGAAAUCUUAAGCCUUAGGUGUGAUGGAAAAAUCUGGAGUUCCUUGGUUGUAAAUUCUGAUGACUUGUAAUAAGUGUGCCUUAUGUAUUAUUUAUGCCUUUACUGUUGAUGGUCUUGUAAGACCUUGUAUCCAAUUUCUAUACUCUUUUAAACAACAAAGUACUCUUGUACUCAUGAGGUUUUAAAUUAAAAAAAAUUAAAUGUAAUAA